CGUCGACGUCGCCUUUGCCUCUCGCUGUGCGACAUAGCAUGUUUUGGUGAUAUUCUUCGCUCUUUGGCGCUUGCAUAUCGGACAAGGGAUUCAUGGAUCCUACCACAGAGAACCAGGGCUCGAUGAAGCCUUCCGGCCUGAGACCGCCGACAAAGAUAGCAUCGAAGAUAGCAAUGCCCUCCUCGCCGCGAUCGAAUGGCCUCACCGAAUUGACCGAGUCCGCCACAAAUGCCCGCGGGGCGAUGGGCCCGCCGCCCACUGGCAGCAUCAAGCAUAAGCCAUCAGGCCUGCCCGAGCCGGACGCGAAACGGAAGACUCUAAGGGAACGCGCCGGUGAGCCCUACGGGUCGGUGCUCGCUGCUCCACCCAGUUCACGCCCCGUCAACAAUGUUGUCAAGAGCAUCGCUGCGAACGGCUCGCGUGGCUUUUCAGCCUCCACUUCGCGCGUACCCUCGAACAAGACAUCGAGACACAUAUCUGCGAACUCGUUCGGCGGCAGCGUUGGCCCUGGUUCAAGGGUGCCGAGCGCGAACGGCUAUGGCGCGAGGCCAAAGUCUGCGUACGGCCACAGCCGCAGCAAGUCGCAUCAUCAAGGAGCUCGUCCCGCUACCUCGAUGGCUCAGCACGAGGAAGAGGACCGACCAGAGCCCAAAGUGUUGUACGACGAUACGAGAUUCGCGGACCUCGAGGCCAAAUUUACUGAGUUUAAGGAGAAAAUAGAGGUCGAUAUAUCUCAGCAGAGUAAUCUCAAGGACACGAUUAAGCUCUAUGAGACUAGGAAUGGCGAAUUGGAGGCUACUUGCGCGCAGUACCGGACGCUCAUUGACGACCAUAAAACGGAGCUAAAGGAUUUAAGAAGCCUCCUAUCGACCACAAACAUGGAAUUGGAAUCGACCCGACGAAGCCAUUCUUUUGAAGCCGACGACCUCCGCCGGAAACAUCGAAACGAUUUAGAAGACCUCGAAAGCCGCUAUCGAAAAGAUGCCGAGCGGUCCAAAAGAGAGAACGAGGAAGCGGCAGACAAGGUACAGAAGGAGUUCGAGACCCAGAUCGAGAAGCUCCUCAAGCUGCACAGCGAAGAGCUAGCUGAUCUGGAGAAAAGAUGGAGAACCGAGCUUGAAGAAGAGCGAAGCAAGAGGCUACGGGAGGUUCAAGAGGCGCAGACAGAGUUUGCCCUGAAGAUGAAGACUGCGGGGUUGGAGGUGGAUACCAAGCAACGCGAGGCGCAGCUGAUCCAGGGGGAAUUGACGAAUGUGAAAGCGGAACUAGAUCGAGAGAGGAUACUGAAGCACGGCCUACAAAGCCAACUCGCGGAGGCUACAACACACAACUUUACCCUAGAGGCCGCCAACAAGGCGAUGAAGGAGAAGAUCAACUUCCUGGAAUCGGAUAGCCAGGCGCAGUCGCAAGCCUUCAAUGACCUCCAUCGCCGAAUGCAGGAUGCUAUCGAAGCCGCUGAGGUAGCUAAUGAGAAGCUACGCCAGGAAGAGACCCUCCGCCGCAAGCUACACAACCAGGUGCAGGAGCUCAAGGGCAACAUCAGAGUCAUGUGCCGUGUCCGACCGACGCACGAUUCAGAGACCGAACCUGCAAAAAUCGCAUUCCCGGACGCUGAUACAGACAGCAAAGAGGUCGCCGUACAGGGUCCCGAGAAGCAGAGCGCGCUUGGCACCAAUACCACCCAGACAUACUCUUAUGCUUUCGACCGUGUCUUUGGCCCCUUGUCACAGAAUGCUGAAGUUUUUGAGGAGAUCAGCCAGCUCGUGCAAAGCGCGCUAGAUGGCUACAACGUCUGCAUCUUCUGUUAUGGCCAGACCGGUUCUGGAAAGACCUACACCAUGUCUUCUGCAGAUGGUAUGAUCCCGCUCGCCACCGCACAAAUAUACGCGGAAGCAACACGUCUUGAAGAGAAAGGUUGGCGAUACAAGAUGGAAGGCUCCUUCGUCGAGGUCUACAACGAGACAUACAAUGACCUGCUCGGGCGCUCAGAAGACAUCGACAAGAAGAAAGUCGAAGUACGGCAUGAUCCUGCGAAGAAACAGACCACUCUGGAGAACGCCGUCAGUGUCGGUCUGGAUGGCCCGCACCGCGUCGAGGAGAUCCUUAAGACUGCCAGCAAGAAUCGAAGCGUCGCUGCCACAAAGGCGAAUAUGCGGUCCUCGCGUUCACAUUCGGUGUUCAUCCUCAAACUGGUGGGCGAGAAUAGCAUUACGGGCGAGAAGAGCGAGGGCACACUGAACCUAGUCGAUCUCGCGGGAUCUGAGAGGCUUGAGCAUAGUAAGGCAGAGGGUGCACGCUUGAAGGAGACGCAAAAUAUCAAUAAGUCUCUUAGCUGCCUGGGCGACGUUAUCAAUGCCCUUGGGUCGGCGAAGGAAGGGAGUCAUAUCCCGUAUCGGAAUUCUAAGUUGACAUACCUCCUCCAAUACUCGCUCGGCGGCAACUCAAAGACGCUCAUGUUCGUCAUGGUGUCCCCGCUGCAAGCCCAUCUCCAGGAGACUAUCACAAGUCUCAAGUUUGCGACAAAGGUGCACAAUACGCAUAUUGGCACGGCUAAGAAGCAGACUCGGGCGUAAGCCGUCGCCUCGCUCCGGCAAUAACAGAGAUCCUAGGGCGCAAGGGCAGGCAUGAGGGGCUGGGGGCCGUGUUUAGGGUCUGGUGUAUGUUGCUGCUUGUUUAUGUAUAUCUUGCAGCGGCCGCGUGAAAUCCUCCGGUCGACUUGCUUGUGGGGCGGUUCUUUUUGCAGAGCGGGAUAUCGGUCUAUGGCUGCCCACUCGCUGGACGCAUUGAUGAUUCUACUCUUCGGUGUUGGGAGCGGAGGGGUGGUCUGGCGCGUUUGGAUAAUGAGAAUAGGACUGAUUUCUCAAUUGAUGUUGCGAC